AUGGCUUUCAUCGACCUAACCAUGGCCUCUGGUGGACCCUUUGCUGUUUUGGCUUCCCACCAAAAUUCAUCACUAAUUUUCGAUGUGCGUAGUGGCCCUGCUAACCACUGGAAGAAUCCCUCACACCUCGGUAGCCGCGCCAACUUCCACCCUACUACCGCCUCCCUCACCCUCCAGCACGUCCAGGCCGACGACCAAGGAACUUACCGCUGCAGGGUCGACUUCAGGAUCAAUCCCACCCUCACCUUCACCACCAACCUCACGGUCAUUGUACCCCCGAGCCGUCUAGGAGUGUACACAGAGCUGGGUGUCGAGGCUCGCAACAUCGUGGGUCCCUUCACAGAGGGCGACAUACUCCGCCUCGCCUGCCGCGUCAUGGGAGGGUCACCGCCCCCAACCGUGACUUGGUGGGAGGGUCCGGUGCUCCUAGACAUGACCCAUGAGGUGGAGACACUGGAUCAGGUCACCAACACGCUUGUAGUGCCCUCGCUGACCCGCCGUGACCUACAUCGUUCAGUGACCUGCCAGGCGGCCAACUCCAACCUGACAGCGCCUCUCUCCACCACCGUCUCACUCGACAUGAAGUUUCCGCCACUCUGGGUUCGUCUGUUAAGUAGCCGUGACCCUCUAAGUGCCGGGAGAACCUACGAGGUGGUGUGCCAGUCUGCUGGUGCCAGGCCUCCAGCGGUCAUUGAGUGGCACCUGGCACCAGGCUUACCACUCGCACUGUUAAGGAUCUCGCAGCUCUCCAUAGUUGGUAUGAUUAUUGCCCAAGUCCUCAUAAACAAAAUUCUUCCUGAGGCUGAAGAAUUCCUUGCAGAAUCUCAAUCUUCCAUUACCGAACUUCAGUAUAACGACGACUUGACCAUCGUCGCUUACACUGAACGCGACCUACAGUUGACCAUGAACACCUACGCUAAUGUGGAUGCACACUUAGGCCUUGAUAUGAAUCUAAGCCACGAGGGUAAUGUGACCAAGAGUGAGCUUCUUCUGACGCCUGAAGUGGAUGACGGAGGCAAAGUGUUGUCCUGUCUGGCUGAGUCCCCGGCUCUUACCUUACACCCGCUGGUCGACGAAUGGCUCCUUGAAGUUUGCUAUGUACCUGUGGCCACCCUCCACCCGGGUCGAUCUCUCAACCUCAGCAACAUUGAGGAAAGAGAUGACGUGUACUUCGAGUGUUCCAUUAAGGCCAAUCCAUGGGUGUACAAGAUAGUCUGGCUACACGAGGGGACUGAACUUCAACACAACGUGACAGCAGGUGUAAUCAUCAGUAACCAGAGCCUCGUGCUGCAGCGUGUGGACAGGACCGCCUCAGGCAACUACUUCUGCGUCGCCUCCAACAUCGAGGGUGACGGCCAGUCCAACCCCAUACUACUCAGAGUCAAGUAUGCACCUGUAUGUCGUAACCCCCAAAUGACUUACCAUGGGGCCGCCAGGUACGAACAGGUAAACAUUCCCUGCCACCUGGACGCCCAUCCAAAGCCUGUGUCUUUCCGAUGGACCUUCAAUAACAGCGGCGAGAGUGUGGAUAUUCCCCAGGAGCACAUCCACGUGAAGCCCUCUGAAUCUACCGUCAGCUACACUCCCAACACAGAGCUGGACUACGGCACUCUACUCUGCUGGGGUACUAACGCUGUAGGUCUCCAGCGGCGCCCUUGCGUAUUCCACGUCUUCCCCGCUGGUAAGCCAGACCCUUUACACAACUGCUCGGUGUAUAACUUGUCGGUAACUGUGGUCAACGUGCGGUGUAUGGCAGGCUUCGACGGUGGGCUGCCUCAAACCUUUAUUCUGGAGCUGUAUCAUCCACGCACGAACACCCUGCUAGCUAACGCCACCAAUUCGGUACCGACAUUCUCAGUGCCAGAUCUGCCUGUGGGUGUGACAAUGCGGGGUAUUGUGUAUUCCAUCAAUGCCAAGGGCGGCAGUGACAAGCUCUCUCUGCAGGUGUAUACACUCAAAGACGUGGCUGAGAGACGCACAGCUGCCGUCAAACCUUCGCCUACACACGGCAAAUCAUCAGCUCACUUCAGCCUGACGCCCGUCAUCGGCCUGGUGUUGGGAGCUGUGGGCGGCUUCUUAAUCAUCGUCAUCGUCAUCUGCAUCAUCGUUAGGGUUCGCUACUCCAGGCGGAGCGUUUGUGUUGGUCAGUGUGAGCGUGCAAACGUUCAGGACAUCGCUGUAGGCCAAAACGACCCCUCCAGCGCCGCCUGUCACCCCAAGAUGGCACCAACAAGUCUUCAAGACUCUGUGCCGCCGCCUCCCGCCACCUCGAGAGACUUCGAUGAGAAAAACCCAGAUGUUAUCCCCCAGUCAGAGGCCGACUCGUGUGUGGUGGAAGGCGUCAAUACUAUCAGCUCUGCGUCGCUGCCCACAUCCUACGCCACCUUGCCCCGAUCACAACACAUCUGUACCCUAGCUAAUUACCAGCAGCAGCAGCAGCCCUGUGGCGCUGGGGACGUGCAGUACGCCGAACUUAUGCUGGGGAGCGCCACACCAAGUCCCCAGCACCACGACCACAAGAGAGGACCCCAGGACUCUCAGAGAACUGUCACGACCAUCCCUCAACACCACGAACCCCAGAGAGUAAUCUACACUACCCUGGAUCACAAGAGGAGACAUUCUCAUUACCCUCCGCCUCACCAACACCUUGCCUACCCACAGCCCGUCUCCACCACCAACACCACUCCCACACAUGCACUCCAUAUCCAGUCCACGCCCACGCACAGCGGCGGGCACCCAAAAGGAACACAGCACCCACCCUGGAUCCCUUCUACAGCUUCCAUAGGGCGUCGCCACUCCCUCAGACCUGACUCUCAUAUUAGAGACCCUGAGACUGUGGUGUCCAUGAUCCCCAACCAGAAGGAGAGCUCUGUGUAAGGUGA